AUGGCUGAGCCUUCUUCCACCGUCCCGUUAGCUACCACUGCUGCUAGCCCCGCACCGGGAACGGCUCCGGCUGGUGAUGCUCCUGUGCCGCCGGCGGCGGCAGCGCCAGCUCCGGUAACCAACGACAACAACCCGCCGAGCCCGGCACCGGCGCCUCUCGAACCUGAUGAGGAUGAAGGCAACUUCACAGAGGGUUCUUCUACAGCUGAUGACCGCAUCUCGAGUUAUACCGCCUCGUUAUCCUCGAGCGUCGUAGAUUACCCCAUCGAAUACGGACGUCGCUAUCAUGCUUUCCGACCAGGAUCGUAUAAAUUCCCUAAUGAUGAGUCUGAGAUGGAUAGGCUCGAUCUGGCCCAUGCGAUGAUGGUCAAGGCGAUUGGGAGCAGGCUGUAUAACGCGCCGCUGAAGAAGGAAAAGGUGCAGAGGAUCCUCGAUAUCGGGACUGGGACCGGACUGUGGGCCGUGGAAAUGGGCGACAUCUUUGAGAACGCAGAGGUUCUCGGCAUUGAUCUGAGUCCCAUCCAGCCAGAAUGGGUCCCUCCAAACGUCAAAUUCGAAAUCGACGACGUCGAAAGCCCGUGGAUCGGGAACAGGAAAUACGACUUCAUCAUGUGCCGGUACAUGGUCGCCUCCAUCAAGGACUGGCCCGGCCUGAUCAAGAACAUAUUCGACCACCUAAACCCAGGAGGCUGGGUCGAAUUCCAAGACGUAAACACGCAAUUCUACUCCGACGACGACACCUUCUCCCAAGACUCCGCCACCGCCCGCUGGAUGGCCGGCUUCGCCCGCGCCUGUAAAGGAAUGGGCCGCGACACCGACGUGGCACCGACCCUCGCCUCCCUCUUACAACAGGGCGGCUUCCCCUCGGAGACAGUCCACGCCCGCCGCAUCAAGGCGCCCCUGGGCCCCUGGGCAAAAGACCAGUUCCACAAGGACCUGGGCAUGAUGAACCUGAUCCUCACCAUGGACGGCCUCGAGGCGCUUUCGCUCAAGUUGUUUUCGGAGCUGUUGGGGCGGACGCAGGAGGAGAUCCUGGUGGAGACUGCGGCUGUGAGGAGGGAGUUGAAGACGGGUGCUUUCGGGGCUUUCCAUGCCAUGUUUGAUAUUUACAACGUGUAUGCGCAGAAGCCGUUGGAGACGGAAGAUACUACGCAGUGA